UCAUUUUUCAACAUAUAUAUUUUUUUUUUAUUACGAGUUUAACCUAUUUUAUAACCGUUAUUCAUACAAUGGCCUUUUUUGUAAACCAAAUAUUAAGUUUAAGUGGUUUUUCUUUACUCUGUGUUAUUGGAUCAAUUGCAAUUAUUGGAUUUACAUAUUAUUAUUUGACAUCUGUAGUGAAAAAACCCAAACUUUAUUGUAAAGAAGGUAAUUUCAAGAAAUUUGUUCAACAAAACAUGCCUAUUAUCAAUGAAAAAUACUGGCCACUAAUGUGGUGCUUUGAAAGUCGUUUUCAUAGUAUUUUAGCAGUUAUUAUACGAUCAGUAGUUGUGCCGUCUGUAAAAUAUAAAAGAGAAAUACUGAAUCUUAAAGAUGGUGGUCAGGUAGCAUUAGAUUGGUUGGAUGCAAAUGAUAACUCAAAUUCUGAAUGUGCUACAAUUUUGUUUUUACCUGGAGUGGCUAAUGAUAGUCAUUCUGAGUACGUAAGAGCUGUAUCAUUAGCCUUGAAAAAAGCUGGAUUUCGCAUAAUUGUCUUCAACUAUAGAGGAGUUGGAGGUGUAGAAUUAAAGACGCCAAGAGGUUAUUGUGGAAAUAAUACAGAAGAUCUCACAGAGGUAAUUAAUCAUGUAAAACAAAAGUACCCUAAAACAAUUUUAGGUGGGUUAGGAGUAUCAUUGGGCGGUCUGAUUUUGGGGAAUUAUCUACAUUCAAAUGAACAACUAACGCACAAACAUUUCAGUGCAGCAAUGAUUGUUUCAUUGCCUUGGAAUUUUAAUUCUGCCAUGUCCAAUAUUGAGAAACCAAUCAUGAAUCGAAUAAUUUGUGCUUAUCUGAUAAACUACAUUUCAACAAUAGCGAAGAAAAAUCGCAAGCUUUUAUUAAAUUCUCAUAAUCAUAAAUGGAAUUACAACGAAAUUAUUAAGAGUAAAACUAUGAGAGAAUUUGAUAGAAAUUACACAAUACACAUGUUCGGUUACAAUACAGUUGAUGAAUACUAUGAUUCUGCUUCAUUACAUGACAAAAUAGACCGUUUUCAUAUACCAUGUUUAUGCUUGAGCGCUGCUGAUGAUAGUUUUUCUUUGGAACAAGAUAUACCUUUAGAACAGGCGACAACUACGGAUAACGUGGCAAUUUUGUUGACUGCAAGAGGCGGGCAUAUUGGUUUUUUGGGAGGUUUAUGGCCAUUUUCGGAAAAAAACGAUUUUAUGUUACAGGCAAUCGUUCAAUAUUUUAGUGGAAUUCUCAAAAACGAUAAUUAUACACAAUUUUAUAGUUGAUUACCUGCCAGUUUUUACUUUUAACAAUCACGAUGAUUGGGAUUUUUAUUUUUUUCUUCUUCGUCAAUUCAUAUAAUAGUAUAGUAUAUAUUAUGUAUAACUGUCGUGGUUAAAUGCAGUCUUGUGUUUGUAUUAAUUAUUGUGGUUUUUAAUAGCUUUUAUUAGUUAAUAUGAUGUCUCUGGGCUAAAUUAUGAAUAUUAUAUUUUAUAACUAUAGAUACAAAUGUUUUAUAAUUAAAUUAUGUAAUA